CGAACAAAACAGAAAAACGCCAUUGAAAAAAUUGUCAUAACAAUACCGUCAUGCUUAGGACGAUAAUUUGUAGACGUAUCAAUUUUUGGAAAAAUUUUUUAGAAGUAAUUUAGAAUAUAGUUGAAGACAUGGGUACAACGGGCCAAUCUAUUACUCUCGCAAACAGUAUUAUAGGAGUUGGUAUAUUAGCAAUGCCUUUCUGUUUUCAACAAUGUGGAGUUUUGCUAGCUACAUUAAUAUUAUUGUCAAUGGGCUUAGUGUCAAGAGUUUGUUGUUAUUUCCUGUUAAAAUCUGCCAUUAUUACUAGAAGAAGAAGCUAUGAAUUUCUUGCAUUCCAUAUAUUCGGGCCUGGAGGAAAGAUGGCUGUUGAAAUGGGUAUUAUAGGUUUUUUGAUGGGAACUUGCAUUGCCUACUUUGUUGUAGUUGGUGAUUUGGGACCACAGAUAAUUGCAAAAAUGUUGAAUAUAAACCAGAGUGAUAUAUUAAGGACCUCUAUAAUGGUUAUAGUAUCUCUAGUGUGUGUGCUACCUCUUGGCCUGUUGAGGAAUGUGGACAGUCUCAGCAACGUCAGCGCAGCCACUAUUGCCUUCUAUUUCUGUUUAGUUAUUAAGGUUAUUGCGGAAGCGACUACUCAGCUCUUCACAGCAGACUGGACAUCUCGAAUAGAGAUGUGGAAACCGUCUGGUGUGUUACAAUGCGUGCCAAUAUUCUCUAUGGCGUUGUUUUGCCAAACACAAUUAUUCGAAAUCUUUGAUUCGAUGCCAUCUCUCUCCUUGGAGAAGAGUUGCUUGGUGACGAAGAACGCUAUUAACAUCUGCGCAGGCGUGUACUGUACUCUGGGCAUAUUUGGGUACAUCGCUUUUGGUGCUCAAGAAAUAUCUGGUAAUGUGUUAAUGAGCUUAAGUCCUACAAUGGCGAGUGACGUCAUCAAGCUUGGCUUCGUGAUGUCGCUGGCCUUCAGUUUCCCGCUCGUUAUCUUCCCGUGUCGCGCGAGUCUGUACUCAUUCCUGUAUAGGAGGCAGUCGCAGCCCGCGCACCACGAGUCGAUGCUGACGUCGGCGAUCCCCGAGCGCGCCUUCCGCGCGCUGACGCUGGGCAUCGUGUCGCUGGCGCUGCUCGUGUCGCUGGUGCUGCCCACCGUGGAGCUCGUGCUGGGGCUGGCGGGCGCCACGGCCGGCGUGCUGGUGUGCGUCGUGCUGCCCGCCGCCGCGCUGCUGCGCGCCACGCGCGGGCACUCCGGCGAGAGGGCGCUCGCCAAGUUUAUCGUAGUCCUCGGCCUGAUCAUCCUGGUGCUGGGGACGUACGCCAACCUCCAGGCGGCGGAGAACUCGCGAGACAAGUACGAUGAGAGGUACAUCACUCAGGAGCGCAUCGACAAAAUUGUCGAAGACUUCUUUGAUAAAAUGGAGAAAGCCGAUGGAGACGGCGUAAUGGCCAAACCUCGUUUAGAAAAUCAUCCUUUGCCACAAGACUUAUUAAAUAGUAAAGUGAUUAAAGACUCUGAAGUGCAACCUCCGAACCCUGUACCACCGGAAUCCCAUUCAAAUGAAAAAAAACCCGAAGCUAAUCUCGAUAAGGAUAAAUUAAUUAACGAAAUAUUACAAGAACAGAAAGAUGUUGUAAAAGAAUUGGUAUCGACUCAUCCAAAAAAUGUAGGAUUGCAUUUGAAUGAAGAAAAUUUAGUCAACGGUAAAGCAUACGAUGGUAAGGAAGGGACUGAUGAAAAAUCAAUUGAAGAAAAACCUCAAGCAAACCAAGAGAAGAUUGCUAUGAUGAAACAACAGGAGCUUAUUGAAACAAUUAAGCAACACGGAGAAGAACAAAAAGAAUUAAUUAAAGAACAAAAGGAGAUCUUGGAUGAAAUUUUAAAAACGAAAAAAGAAUUGGAGAAAAAUAAAAAGGAGGUGGAUAAUAAUGAAGCAAAGAAAAUAGCCGUUGAAAGUAUUCAGAAAAUUGCCGAUGUAGCAAUAAAAAGCUUGAGUGGAGUUACAGACAAACCUGCACUCUUAGAAGAUGCAAUUCAAGACAAUGCUAUACAGAAAAUAGCACAUGAAGCAGUCAAUAAAAUAGCCAAGAAAGCCGAGGAAACGUUAGAUGCUAUCAAACAAAUAGAUGAAGCCAAGAAUAAGAACGAUAAUGAUAAGCCAGUUUUAGACGAGAAAAAAACAUUAAAAGACUCUAAUGCUAAAACAAAUAAUAUUGAUAAACAGGAAAGUAUAAAGCCAGAAGUUCAACAAAAAUCUAAUGAUGACAAUCAACACAUAGCACCAUCAAACAACAACAACAUUGAUAUGAAUUCAGCUGAUAAACAAUCUAUUAUCAACGAGAAAGUAAUUAAACAAUAUAACGAGACACUAAAGGAACAUUCACACCUACCUGAUGAACCGCAAUCUUAUAAACAAGGUGAGGAUAUACAGAAAGAUAAAACAAAUGUAAAAAACGUCCAAAACGUGCCUUUACCGAUAGUCCUGAGUGAAAAGGGGAAAUUAAAGGAUACUCAUAAUAAGCAUAAUUCAGCUCAAAACAUUGGUGCUCUUAAAUAUAAGGACGAUAUCCUCAGUAACAUUGCGAAUGGUCAACAUAUAAUUCCAAGGAAAAAGAGAGAAAUAAUCGAUUGCACCGAAAAAACGACACUUAAGCCAGAGGACAGAGAAAUAUGUGAUGGUGUAAAUUCUCCAAAUAAAGUGUUAGAGAGCAAAACUUUGAAGAAUAUUGACGUUGGUCAACCGGCUUUAGCAGAUGGCUUGCCUUUACAACGGAUAGCGUUACAUCACAUGAGAUCCCUUAAAAGUAUACAAGAUAAAAAGAGAUAGUAUAUAUAUAUAAUUUGUAAUAAAUUGUUUGUAAAAAAAAUUUAGAAUGCUGUAUGUAAUUUGCAACAAAAUAAUUCUACCAAUUCCAAAAACAGCACGAUAUUAUUUUUAUAAGUAAUUAUGACAUGUAAAUUCUUCAUAUAUUUAUUGUUAGCAUUAAUAUUGAUUGAUAUGCGUUUAUAUUAAAUCAACAAGAAUAUAGCAUUUAUUUAUUCGUUAAAUAGUAUUAAGAUUAUAAAUAAAAUAAAAUAAAUUAUUGUCUGUGAUCUCAAGUAAAAGUAAGUUAAACGUUACUUUAGAGAUUUUAAGUGCUUUGAUUGAAAUUAUACAAAAAAAUAUUUUUGGCCAAUUGAAAAUAUUUAUAAUGCAAAAAUUUUGAUUAGUAACUUCUUGGUUACUUUUAUUUUACGAUGUUAAUUUAAAAGUAUUUCUAAAUAAAACAACAUAUAUAUAUAUUAUUACAUACAUACAUAUAUUAUUGAAUAUUUUUAUUUAUUUAUGUAAAGUAACUAAAUAAAUAACGUGCUACCUUUGA